UUUGUUGACAACUUGCGAUACCUAUGGCAUCACUUGUAAUUAAUCUAGAAGAAGGUCAAAUUAGAGGCAAGGAAGAUGAAGAUUAUUUGGGUAAAACUUAUUAUAGUUUUUUGGGUGUUCCCUACGCUAAAGCUCCUAUUGGAGAAUUGAGGUUUAAGGCCCCUGUGCCGGUAGAACCCUGGAAUCGUAUUCUGGACACCACAAAAGAAGGACCAGCAUGUCCGUCCCACCAUAUGAUAUUUACCAAUUAUGUUGGGUGUGAAGAUAACUGUCUAAACCUAAAUGUAUUCACACCACAGUUACCCGAUGAUGACAGUUCUGGGUCACUCAAACCAGUCAUGGUUUGGAUUCAUGGGGGUGGUUUUUUAAUGGGUUCAAACCAUAAAGAAUUAUACGGACCUGAUUAUCUGAUAACUGAAGAUAUUGUACUUGUUGCAAUUAAUUACCGAUUAGGAGUUUUAGGAUUUCUUAGUUUGGAAGAUGCAUCCUUGGAAGUUCCCGGAAACGCCGGAUUSAAAGACAUGGUUCUUGCACUUAAAUGGGUUCAAAAAAAUAUCAAAAAUUUUGGUGGGGAUCCAAAUAAUGUUACCAUUUUUGGUGAAAGUGCGGGUGGAGCUGCUGUUCAUUUCUUGUAUCUUUCUCCUAAAACUGAAGGACUGUUUCAUAAAGCAAUAGUUCACAGUGGAAGUGCCUUAAACCCAUGGGCUCGGGGUUGUAGCAAUGCUUUGGAAAUUGCUAAAAAUCUCGGGUAUAAAGAAACAGACGAAAAAAAGAUAUUGGAAUAUUUGAAGUCUUUGCCAGCGAAAACAAUUGUGGAUGCACAAGCAAAAACUCCCGAUCCGUUUAAUGCUUCCACAAUACGACCAUUUGGACCAGUUGUUGAAAAAUAUGUUACAGACAGUUCUUUUUUAACUGAAGAGCCUAUUGAUAUUAUUAAAUCUGGCCGAUUUAAUCAUGUGCCAUUAAUUAUGGGGUACACUUCUAGAGAAGGAAUGCUUGUUGAACUUAUUAAACUAGUGCAAAAAGACGCAAGGAGUCUUAAUUUGGAAAACGAAAUUUACUACGAUUUAAAUCUAGAAAAGGGAUCAGAAACAUCCCAAAAAAUUGCAGCCUCCAUUAAAGACAAAUAUUUUGACAAUAAAGAACCUACAGAAAAUGACUUGGACAAAGUGUUGAAACUCAAGACAGAUAAUAUGUUUUUUCAUGGAAUUUACAGAAGUAUCUAUUGCCAAAAACAAACCAGUCGUAAACCCAUUUAUUUCUACAAAGUGACUCUAGAUACACAGUUAAACAUUCUUAAAAAUAUAGUUUCUUCCAAUCACAUUUACCUUUUAAUGUCUUUAUACUUUCUGGUUUUAAAAUUUGGUAAAGGCAUGAUGAGCACAAUGCUCUUAAGCUUGUCGAAAAAGCUUUCAGUAAAACCUAUUCACGGCACAUGUCAUGGCGACGAUCUCUUUUACAUAUUUUGCUCAAUUUGGAAUGGAAAACUUGAACCAAAAAGUGAAGAAGAGAAACAUGUGCAGAAGUUUGUUAAGUUGUGGACGAAUUUUGCAAAAACCGGAAAUCCAACACCGAAUAAAAAUGACCAACUUUUAAAUAUUGAAUGGAAACCUGUGACCAAAGAAGAAAAUUUUUAUCUUAAGAUUGGUAAGGAACUAGAAGUCAAGUCAAAUCCGGCAAGUGAAAGGAUGAAAUUUUGGGACGACAUUUGCAACGUUUAGGUUUUUUUUUGUUGACGUGUUGUUUGUAACAAAUAUAAAUGUACUAAUAAAGAAAUAUCACAAACUUUCAAUAAAAAAACCAUUGAUAAUAAUAUUAAUAACGAAAAAUAAUCCCCCCACUUACUAGUUAGUGGGAGAUCAAUUAAGCAACAACUGAAUGUAAUCA